AUGAAGUUAUCCGUCGCCCUCGUUGUUGUUUCCCUUGUUUUGGCUGCGUCAGAAGUCACUGAAGAAGAUGAUGUGCUUGUAUUAAAUAAAAAGAACUUUGAUGAUGUCAUCAAGAACAAUAAGUUUGUUUUGGUUGAGUUCUAUGCUCCUUGGUGUGGUCACUGUAAGGCUCUUGCCCCAGAGUACAGUGCAGCAGCCAAAAAGUUAAAGGAUAAAGGUUCACUAGUCAAACUUGCUAAAGUGGAUGCUACUGUCGAAGAAGAACUUGCGUUCAAACAUGCUGUCAAGGGAUAUCCGACUUUAAAGUUCUUCCGAAACGAACAACCCAUUGACUUUGGAGGCGAAAGAGACUCUGACGCAAUUGUAAACUGGUGUUUGAGAAAAUCCAAACCUCCCGUGGAGUAUAUUGAGUCAUUAGAUAGUUGUAAGCAAUUUAUCGACAAGGCUAACAUUGCAAUAUUGGGUUUUAUCAAGGAUACGGACUCCUUGGAUUUGGCAGAUUUCGAAAAAGUGGCCGACGAGUUAGAUGAUGCUGAUUUUGCAAUAGCUAACUCCAGUGAUAUUUUGACUGAGUAUGGUAUCACCCAGACACCAAAAAUUGUUUUGUUUAAAAAUUUCGACGACAAUCGUGUUGAAUAUACGGGAGAAACACUGGAAAAUUUAAAGCAUUUCGUACAGGUGGAAAGUGUCCCUCUUGUGUCAGAAUUCUCCCAGAAGACCGCUGGAAUUGUAUUCGGAAGUCCAAUUCAAAAACACAUCGUCUUCUUCCUCUCAAAAUCAACAGACCACUCGGAUCUCGUUGGUAAACUGACGGAAGUUGCAAGACAAUUCAAAGGCAAGCUCCAUGUGGUAUACGUCGACGUUGAUGUCGAAAACAACUUACGCGUGUUGGAAUUUUUCGGGCUUUCGAAAAAUGAUGCCCCAACUUACCGAAUUAUCGAACUUGGUGAAGAAACAACUAAGUAUAAACCAGAUACUAACGAUUACUCUGUUUCCGCGAUGUCUGAUUUCGUUCAAAGAACAAUCGAUGGGAAAGUCAAGCCUUUCCUUAUGAGUGAAGAAAUACCAUCAGACCAAACAGGUGCUGUUAAAGUUCUUGUUGGGAAAAAUUAUAACGAUGUGGUUAAAGAUAAAUCAAAAGACGUGUUCGUCAAACUGUAUGCUCCUUGGUGUGGUCAUUGCAAGGCUCUUGCUCCGGUUUGGGAUGAAUUGGGUGAGACUUUCAAGAACUCAGAUACGGUGAUCGCAAAAAUGGAUGCUACAGUUAAUGAAGUUGAAGAUCUUAAAGUUACCAGUUUUCCAACUCUGAAGUUUUACCCGAAGAACUCGGAUGAGGUUAUCGAUUACACAGGUGAUAGAUCUUUUGAAGCCCUGAAAAAGUUCGUAGAGUCUGGUGGUAAAUCCAGUGAAGCAACUAAACAAGAAGAUCAAAUAAAGGAUGAACUCUGA